GGCGAUCUCCUUUCCCUUCUCCGCAGUCCGCCCCCACCUCUCCCGGCUCCUAUUACUCUGUCGUCUGCCCUCGGCGGUGCAGGUGAUCAGUUGUGGCGUCGUCCCGGAGACUAAGGCUGCAGUGAUGCUUACUCCGCCACCUUUGGAGUGGAAUGGACUGUCGACGCCGGCUCAGGCACCGGCAGAUCAGCAGAUUGGCGGGGCAGCAUAUGGAAAUGGACAGGCAGUUCCAAGAAGGAUCACCGAUCUUGAGAAAGAGCUACAUCAGUAUCAGCACAACAUGGGCUUACUCUUGAUUGAUAGGCAAGAUAUGGCUGCAGAAUAUGACCAGUUAAGUCAAGUAUAUGCACAAAAUGAGGAGAUACUGAAGCGUGAACAAGCAGCACACUUGAAUGCAAUAUCUGAAUACGAGAAACGGGAAGAAAGGAUUCGAAAAGCUUUAUGUGUUGAAAAACAAAAUGCUGCCGACCUCGAAAAAGCACUGCAUGAAAUGCGUUCAGAGAUAGCUGAGGUCAAGUUCGUGUCUCAGAAAAAGAUCAGCGGUGCUAAUUCUUUUCAGACUAACAUAGAUGAAAAUUCCUUACUGAUCAAGAAGAAGUUAAGUGCUGCAAAUGCGAAACUUGCAGAAGCAAACCUUAUGAUGUCACAUGCUGAUAAAAAAAUGGAAGACAUUGAAGCUCACCAACACAGAUGUGAGAAGGAAAAGCUAUGCUACGAAACUGAGUGGAAGGCACAAAAGAAUCAACUUAAGGAGAAGGAGGAGACUCAGGAUGAGUGGGAGAAGAGGCUUAUGGAAAGUCAUAAUAGACAAGUUAGUUUUCAGAGAUCUCUUAGUGGCAGGGAGGAGAAGCUGAAUGCGCAUGACAAAACUUUGAAGAUGAAACAGGAAGAACUACAGGAGGCAAAGCAGACUAAUGUAGCCUUGAAACUACACGAGUGUGAUAUCAAUAAUAGUUUACAUAAAUUAUAUUUGUAUGAAAUGGAUAUCAAGUCUAAGUAUAAAUUUUUAGAGGAAAAAGAGGAAAUAUUAGAUGACUGGGAAGAGAGAAUCGACAUGAAAGAAAAGAAGCUUAUUGAGGAUCAAAAGGCUUGUCGAGAAUCCAAAAUACAAGAUUUUGAAUUGGUAAUGAAGAGGGAACGUGAAUCAUUAAGUGAGGAGAUGCAAAAAAUAAUAACUAAUUUGCAGUGGAGAGAAAAGGAUCUCAAGUUAAAGGAGUGUGACCUUUUGAAGAGUGAGCAAGAACUGAACUGGAACACUGAAAUGUUGGAUGCUUGGAAGCAUGAUUUGGAUUCGAGGUCGCACGCCUUGAAGAAGUUGGAAGAAGCAUUGAAAAUUGAUGAGCAAAAUAUGUUAGCAAAGAAGCAUUGUCUAGAAUAUGAAAGAAAGGCUAUUGACAUGUACAAACUAGAUCUUGAAAAAACAAUGUCGUCAACAGAAGCAGAAAAACAGAGUAGUUGUCUUAAAAAUCAAGAGAUACUUAAACAUACAAAGGAAGAGAGGGAUGCACAUAGUAUGAUGCUAGUGCAAUUGAACAAGGUGACUGAAGGAUACAGAGUGGGGAGCAACUCACAAUUCAAAGAAGCUGACGACCUGAGGCAGCAGAAGCUCAAACUUGAGAGAUCAUGGGAAGACCUUGACAUGGAAAAGGCUCAUACUGAGGAGGCUGCGAAGAAGCUUAGUUAUGAAAGGACAAGAAUGGAAAGUUUCCAUGACAGUGAAAAAAGGAGGUUGAAGGAUGUGGAACUUGAGGUGAGAGCAAAAUACAAGAAGUGGAUGGAGGAUAUUAGACUUAAUGAAAAAGCUUUUAUGUGUGACAUAGAACAACAGAAAUUGCAGAACGAUGAAUUACUAGAGGGGGGACGUGCCAACAAUAAAUGCAGCUUUGAUCUCCACUGUCAAAAUAUGGAAAUGGAGAUGGAUCAAAAACAGGUGAGCAAAGAGCAAGAACUGGAAUUCAAGCAGAGUGAGCUAAACAAGAAACUGGAGCUUGUUGAAAAUAAAAUCAGAAGCAUGGUUGAAUUAAACGAAUCCAAGAUUCAGCAGAUCAUAUUUGAGAGAAACCAAAUAGAGAAUGAAAAGAAUGCACUAGUGAAGGACCAGGAAAAGCUGGAAAUCGACAAAGCAGAUAUUAAGGAUGACAUUAAUAGCCUUAAUAUUCUUAGCAAGAGGCUGAAGGAGAGGCGAGAGGUGUAUAAGAAGGAGAAGAAUCACCUUAUUGGUUUGAUUGACAAGCACAAGGUGUGCAAAACUUGUAGAGUUCCUGUUUUUGAUGAGUUGGAUGUUCCUGGUAUUAAAGAUAGCACAGGUUCUCAGUAUCCAAAUUUAGGUAUUGAGGACGAUGAUCGUCCCCUGAACACUGAGAGAUCACCCCAUGGAUCAGGUGGGCUUAUCGAUUCAACUGGCCAUUUUACGCUGCUGCAGAAUUGUUUGGGGCACUUCAGAUCCUCUUCCUCAGAGAAGGCUGAACAGUCAUUGGAACAUAAAGUAUCAUUUCGUGCAAGGCUUGACAACGAAGCAUUGAAACAUGAGGAAGAUUACGAGCCUUCACGUAUUUAUGAAGGAGUGAAUGAUUCUUUUGCUUUUUCUCAGGAUACCCGAUCUUAUAGUAGGGAUGUGGAGAAAAGGGAACUUGAAAGUGCUUCUUUUGGCAAGGCCGGCUCAUCCUCGUUUGCCGUCGCAGAAAAUAUUUUGAAAACCCAGUCAGGCGAUACCAAUAGUAGUAUGGAAAUCGAUGCAAAUAUUGUCUCGAAUGAUGCAAGUGAGAAUGGAUCCGAAGGAGGUUUGCACUCGGAAACUUUAAAUCAAGGAGAACGCCUACAGAACAGGGAAGGUCGACUAAGAAGUGUGAGGAGGACAAGAACUAUGCAGGCAGUGAUCGAUGAGGCUAAAGCGUUAAUCGGUCCGAUAUCUGAAGAGAAACAUAUUGACCAGAAAGAUUUUGUUGCUGCAAGCGCAGGAAGUAUUGAGCAGCGUGUGGAGAACACUGAAGUAGUAUAUUCUGAUGGUGAUGCUUCGGGAGCGCCGCUUCGCAAGAGGCAGCAACUAGGUGGCACGGCAACGCAGGUGCCAGGAGAAAAGCAUUACAACCUUAGGCACAAUAGAGUUGUAAGUGCUGCAACCUCAUCCAAGACGAGAUCCGGCGAAGCGAGAGCUCCCAAGGUGGGAAGCAAACGGAAGACAGAAGAAAGCAGUAGUGAUGAUGCAAAAGGAGCUUCAACUUGUGGGGUGCCUUCCGCUCUGCUAUCAACCGAGUUAGGCGAAGCGGCCAAAGCGCACGAGUCUUCCCAUAUGAAUCUGCCGGCUGAAGCCCAGGAAGUCUGCACUGAAGAGAGUGAUGGGGAUGGCUGCACUGAAGAGAGUGAUGGGGAUGACGAAGAGCCUCCGACGGGAAACGAUUCGUUCAGGAGAUGGCUGUGGAUUUUCCUCACCACUUGAGACAAGUGCUUGAGCGGCAUCGGCGUGACCAUCUGCCAUUUCACCUCAGCUUUACGAUUUUUGUAGUUGUAGCCGUGCUGCACCGGUGUGUCAUCUUUUGUAAUCCUGGAGAAUAGUCUGCAGGAGUGGCUGAUGCCGCUCACUCAAACUAGGCUCGAGUACAAUAGUUUUUUUCUGCCAUGUUGAAGAGUACGACCAUAUGUAUUUAGUAUAAGAUAACUUCUCCGCAAUAAAUGAAUGUCAUAUAGCGACGC